AUGAGCCCAGCCCCGCGGUCAACACGUGAACUCACCCCAGGAAUGAAGAUGGAAGUCGUGUUUGCCCUCCAAGAUGCCAUACACAAUGGCAAGCUCGCACGUGGUUUUAUUCAAGCCACAGCUAUUCGCUGUCAAGUCGGUCGCACCACCGUCCGCAAGUUAUGGCGCGACUUCAUGAGCGGGUCGAUGGCAUCCAAGAAGAAAGGGCGUGUCGGACCGAAACCUCGCCACACCUCGGCUGAGGUCACCGAAAUCGUUCGUAGCGUGCCGUCCCGCGAUCGCAGCACCAUGCGCGACAUAGCUUCCUCGACGGGGAUUUCCGUAAGCACACUUUGCUGCCACUUGAAGUCUGGGACGAUCAACCGUCGAUCGUCCCGACUCAAACCACUACUCACUGAUACCAACAAUUUCGAGUGGCUGGCAUUCUGUAGAGCCCACGUAAACAUUCAGUUCGAUGCCAUGAAUGCUUAUCUCAGCAGUUGCGGCAGAGACGCUGUCGACGCGUUCGAAUUCCACGAACCCGCCGAAUACCCUGGUCGCGCCGAAUUUCACUUCUCCGACAUGUGGGACGUGACGUACCGUGACUAUGUCGUCAACAAGGUCGUGCCGUCCAUCAAGGAGCGAUUCCCCAGCAGAACCAAACGAGUUGUACUUCAGCAUGACAAUGCCACUCCUCAUGGGUCCAUCGAUGAAGGCACUAUGACUGCUGUGUCGACGGAUGGGUGGACAUUUGUGAUGGUGAGUCGGUCGAUGGACGAUGUGAUUGAAGCUACAUUGUCCGCCUUCGAGGUUCUCAGUAGUGAUAAGUUGAGUAGCAUCUUCCUUACCCUGCAGGCGGUGAUGCGCCUUGUAAUGGAACACCACGGCGACAAGAACUUUAAGUUGCCCCAUCUGAAGAAGGAUACAUUGAGACGUGCUGGAACCCUCAUGGCGAAUGUUACAUGUCCUGCUUCGCUUCUCUUUCACGUGAACUCAAUCCUCCAGCAGUCCAGUCCUUGA